AUGGUUCGCAUAAUUGGAUUCCUUGUCACCGCGGGCAUGGCUACUGGCGCUCCUGGGUGGAAUGGGAACGGCAAUUACGGAAACGGCCACGGCUACGGCAAUGGGGAUUGUUCAUCAUCAGCUACGGCCACACCAGUCUACACGGCCGCUGACAUCCAGUACACAUCAACAGCUAGUGCAGCUGUGGCGGCGGCGGCAGCGACUGCUAAGACGGAGUCGCCCGUGUCCAACGUCAAGGGCAAAGUCUUUAACCGCAUCGCGCAGAUCUACCUUGAGACAACAGCAUAUGAGAACGCGACCGCCGACCCCAACUGCCAGGCCCUUAUAAGCCAGGGUAUUUUGCUAUCCAACCUCUACGGCGUAGCAGCUCCCAGUCAGCCCAACUACGUGGCUCCAGCCAGUGGUGACUAUUUCGGCACCAACAGUGAUUCUUUUCUUCUGGUUGACAAAAACGUGUCCACCAUCGUCGACCUGCUCGAAGACAAGGGAAUCAGCUGGGGCGACUACAACGAGGGCCUACCUUACACAGGUUUCGAGGGCUACGAGUACAACAACCCUGUGGAAGGCAACUAUUCGCGCAAGCAUAACUUGCUUGUGCGCUUCGACUCGGUCUCUCUGAACCCUGACCGCCUGGCAAAGCUCAAGAACUUAACGCUCUUUUACGAAGACCUUAACCAAAACCGUCUGCCUCAGUGGCUGUUUGUUACACCUAACCUGUACAACAACGGGCACGAUACCAACAUUAGCGUAUCUUGCAGUUGGACCCGUGGCUUCGUUGAGCCGCUCCUCAAGAACCCCAACUUCAACGACGGAAAGACGCUCGUCUACAUUACUUGGCAGGCCAACGGUCAGAACCCAACGGCCCGUAACCACGUAGCCGGUAUCCUCCUCGGCUCAGCGGUGCCCAGCAACUUGGUCGGUACCGUCGACAGCGCCUACUACAACCACUACAGUGAGCUGUCGUCGGUCCAGGCAAAUUGGAAACUGCACACCCUGGGUCGAUGGGAUGUCGGUGCCAAUGUUUGGAGCUUUGUUGGCUGCAAGACGGGAGACAUAAUUCGCACUUGGAGCACCAAAAUUGCCGGUGACAGCUUCAUCAACUACUACUGGAACCAGAGCUGCGGUGGCGUGUUCAGCAACGCCUCCACCACCUCGCAUCUCUAUGUUGCCCCGAACCUUAACAUAUUCGGAGGUGGCUACCGCACCGUGCUGCCCGCUAUUGCCCGCUUGUGGUACGGCUCGCGUCUGCCUGACUACUACCGCAACAUUAUCGAGGUGCCCGAUGCCCUGCACCCGCCCAAAGGCUACGAGGUGCCCAUUGGUCUCAACCCUCCUGAACCUAUCACUACUCCCAUCCGGGUCUAUCCUACGCAGACUGCUGUGUCCAAGUAA